AUAGCAGAAGAAGAAUUAGAGGCGGGGGGAAACCGGCUCAAAAGCUCGUAAAUUGUUUGAAAACAUGGCGGACCUGCAAAUUGUUCCGGCUGGGAAGAAUGUGGAGGCACAAUAUGUGGAAAUGAUGGUGCCUCUGUAUUCUUAUGGCUGUGCCAAGAAAGUGAAGAAAUCUUUAGAAAAUCUCAAAGGUAUUUACUCAGUUAAUGUGGAUUUCCAUCAACAAAAAGUAACUGUAUGGGGAAUUUGUAACAAAUACGAUUUACUAGACAUCGUACGGAGCAGAAGGAAAGAAGCGCGUUUUUGGAAUCCAGAAGAUAACAUAGAAAUCCAAGAAUCAAAUUCUGCACCACCAUCGCCGCCGCAUUCGUUAUAUCCAAAGGGCUCUCCGCCACCGUAUCUGGCCAUCAUUAAGGGCAGAGCUUUAAGGUGGAAAGCCAAGGCCAUGAUCAAGGGUGGAUAUUCCUCUGGCUUGAAAGCUUUGAAGAAGUCCUUCUUAAGAUCAUACUCAUUCUAAAAUCCCCCAUUUGAAAAAAAUAAAACAAUAAAAAAUAAUAUAUAAUGUGUUGGAUUGUGUCGCAUUUUAUCGUA